AUUACAUGAACAGGUCAUACGAUUUCUUCGAAUAGAAUGUAAGUUUUAAACGAUAACUAGGAAAGUAGGAGAUGAUUCUCGACUAUAUAACGCAGCAUUUGAUAGUCAAACGAUAUCAGUCCAGCUUGUGUUCUCUACCAGCAACAACAAGCGGCAGUCAUUCACCAUCGAACAUUGAAAAUACUUCAAUCCUACCAAGUUUACCAGUCCAGCAUCGACAUCAUCAAUAAGGAUUCAUCACUCAACAUUGGAAAAUACUUCAAACCUACACAGUUUACCAGUCCAACACCGGCAUCAUCAACAGUCAUUCGUCUCUAAAUAUUAGAAAAUACUUUAAUGUAAGUACCUAUUUAUUUCAUUAUUUAUAUAUUUUUUUUAAAAAAAAUCAUCUUAUCGAAUCUAAAACUCCACAUCUUUACCAGUUUUUAAACGAAAAAAUAAUACACGAUAGCAAAAAACAUAACAUAACAUAAGCGUUUAGGGAAGUGGUUAUAAUGAACCGAUAUUCAAUAGUUUUAUCAGUAAUUUUAAUAUUAAAUGUAUAAGGUUUUUAUAAUUAAUUUUUUUUUUUUAAAAAAAAUGGUCUUUUUUAAAAUUUAAAAGAUUGAUUAAUUAAAAUAUCUAUGUUUAUCAUGUUGUAUAUUAAAUGGUUAAAAAAAUGUUAGAAAGUUGAAAUAAGUUGAAAAAAAAAACAAGUGUAUACAGUAUGUAUAUGAUUAUAAUUAUAUGAAUAACAUAAUAUAAAAACUUGAUUAUCUAUUAUAUAAAAAUAAGUCCGGUUUUCCUCCCUGACGCUAUAACUCCAGAACGCACGAACCGAUUUCCACGGUUUUGCAUUCGUUGGAAAGGUCUUGGGCUCCGUGAGGUUUAUAGCAAAGAAAAUUCUGGAAAAUUCAGGAAAAAUUCAACAGAAAAGUGGGGAAAUCGUUUUUCACAUACAGCGCCAUCUAUUAUACAUAGCAUGUACUUCAAACCAAUAGCAACGGUGCGUGAUAAAGUGUUUGACAGAUAGUCAUUAUUCUCUGCUCAGUUAAUUUCAUUUAAGCUCAGUGUAAAUUUUGUGGAGCGUGCAUUUGAAGUUAAAAUCAACACUCUGUCCAUAGUCCAAAAUGCCUAGAGAACGACGUGCGAACAUCGGCCGCCGCACAAGACAUGCAAGCCAGCAACAAGUCUAUUCAAGGAACUUAAGAGAAGAAAGACAAAAUAUAAUAAGAGAAAAUGACCGAUUGAGACAUCGCGUGAGCACACGAAGAUCAUUGGCAUCAUACAAUCGCUUGGCAUUCCAAUAUGAUCCCACUGCGAACUACAGUGAUGAUGAAAAUUUGGAUAUUGGACGAAUGACGACUAUAUGCCGAUAUUGCAAUGCGUUUAAGUUCAAAAGAGAAACGGUUGGAUUGUGCUGCGCAAGUGGAAAAGUCAAACUGGAUCCAUUACUUACACCACCACAGCCACUGAAAACAUUGUUUGAUGGAAGUGAUCCCGAUUCCAGCCAUUUUCUUCAACACAUCCUUGAAUACAAUAACUGCUUUCGCAUGACUUCCUUUGGAGCUAAUAUCAUUCGAGAAGGCGGCUUCAUGCCGACUUGCAAGAUACAAGGUCAAAUAUAUCAUUUGCAUGGUUCAAUGGUGCCAACCACACCAGAUGAACCGCAUCAAUUUCUGCAAAUAUAUUUCAUUUCGUCGAUGGUGGAUCAGCUGAACGUGCGGUGCAAUAUACAGGGAGCACAACAGUUGAAGAGACGAAUUAUUGAACAGUUGCAAGCAUUUUUUCACGCUAAUAAUGCUGUGGUUAAUAUGUUCAAAACAGCAUUGGAACGAAUGCCAUCGGAUACGCACAAAUUUGUCAUAAGAGCGGAUUGUACUCCAACAGGUGAACAUGUGCGAAGAUUCAAUGCACCCACCGUUAAUGAUGUUGCUGCAAUUAUUGUUGGCGAUCCAACUAAAUCACGAGACAUUGUCGUUCAGCGAAGAAGCAAUAUCAUGCAUCUUGUAAACGAGACACAUCGUUUGUACGAUGCGUUACAAUAUCCAAUCAUUUAUUGGCAAGGGCAAGACGGAUACGACAUCACGUUGAAGAUGGUCGAUCCAAUUACAGGUACAAUAUUCACACACUAAUUAUUUCCAUUAUUACUUUUAUUGGUUUCCAUUAACAAUUCAUUUAAUUUUGCAUUUUCAGGAGUAUCAACGAAUAAUAAAAAUCUAAGCGCAAUGAAUUACUAUGCGUAUC